UCCAGGUCCGACCAGUGGCCUGUAUAAAAUAGCUAGCGGGGGCGGGACGGAGAAGAGUCAACCAAGCCCAGCCUGUGAUUUGAUUUGAAGAAGGAAUCCGCGAGCGAUGGGGAGGAAAUUGCCCGCUCUUGCUCCGGCCGGGGCGGCGGCGGCGGGAAGGAAGCGAAAAGGUGCCACCUUGACAACGCUCGCCGCGUGCAAGCGCCCUGCGCGGGCGCAAGUAAUCGGCGGCUGGGCGUCCCUGCCCACCGACAUAGUUGGCCUCAUCACCUGCCGGCUCCUGGCCGGCGACGGCGACGGCGACGUGGUUGAUUACAUCGCCUUCCGCGCCGUCUGCUCCGGCUGGCGCGCCUGCACGCCCACGGCGCGCGACCCCACUCUGCGGGAUCCCCGCCUACGCCCGCGCGGCUGGGUCGCUCUCUGUGACGGCGACGCCGUCCGCCUAGACGAUGCCUGCGAGAUCGUCUUCUUCCACACGCGCACGGCCAGGCGCCUCCGCGUCCUCCUCCCGGAGCUCCGGCAACACAGGAUCGUUGGCUUCACCGACGGACUCCUCAUCCUCGUGCACAAGCGCACCACCGAGGUCCGCGUGCUGCAUCCCUUCACGCGCGUCGUGGUCGAUUUCCCGCCCCUCGCCCCGGUGUACCACGCGGUAGUCAGGCGGAUGAAGCUGCUCGACAUGAGCGCCGCGAUAUGCAGCAGCGCGUCCUCGGCGACCUCCAUUGCCGUGGUGGUCUGGUUCCUCUGCACAAGUGUGGUGCUCGGCGCCGACCCGGGUUCAGAUUGGGCCGAGGUCUUUAUGUUUGGAAUACCUUGUCCUUCCAAGGAAAGCUCUAUGCCACCACCCUGUCUUCACACGAGAUCCUGCAGCUAUACCCUCCUCCCAGACAGGAACCCCUCGAGAAUUCUGUGGUGGUUGCUCAUGCUCCAUAUUUUGCUGAUCGCCUGUAUAGCGAUUUUCUACUCGUGGAGUCUGGUGGAAGGAUGCUGCUCGUCGUCCGGCACCCAGCUCCUGGUACAAAGGACUAGCAGUCUUCAGGCUCUAUGAAGUGCAUCUGAGCAGCCAGCAGUGUAAGCUUAUCCCGGUGAACACCUUAGGCGACCGCUCGCUGUUUCUCAGCGGUGACCGAUGCCUGUCUGUUUCGGCCAGGGACCUCCCAACCUUGAGCAGCAACUCCAUCUACUUCAGUCUACCAUGGGACCCCAUUGUGUUGCAUUCGCUGGGGACUGGUUUGUCCGAGCGCUUAGCCGAGUCCUGCAAAAUACAUGACGGGAAGGACAGGAUACGCCCAUCUGUGCGCCCCUUCACCAUUGCUGAUCAUCUCAUGACCUACUGCCAUACUCCUGAGUGGUCUAAAGGACUCAUGUUCCACGAGUACCAACACAUACCUGAAUCUUUCAAGGAACUGAUUAAGAACAUCCGGGCACAGGAUGCGCAAGUGCGGAUUCCACGUAUUGGUUGAGCUGACGCUAAGCUUCACAUUGCCCACUGAAUAAUGAAGGUUCUGGCAGCAUAUGGAGAAGAAGAGAGGGGGCAUGAACCUGAAGAUAUUUUGUUUACUAGGAUUGUUGAGAACUUGGUUAACGUAUGUAUCUGUCCAAAUAUAUGAUUAUUUAGGAAAAUGAAAAUCCAUCCUCAGUCAUGUUGAUUGCGGGGUGUAUUUUGUCACCAAGUAUGUUUGGGUGUUGAACUGCAGUGAAACUUUCUGUGUAU